UUCACUUUCAACCAAAUGUUCUUUUCAAUUCCUCAUGAAGAUAAAGCCAACCUGCCAAUGCGCCCCCCGGUGGCCGUACUUCCUCUUGGCACAGGAAAUGAUCUUGCACGCUGUCUUCGAUGGGGAGGAGGUUAUGAUGGUAUGGAUCUGGGCCGGAUCCUGAAGGACAUUGAGGGCAGUUCUAUGGUUCUGAUGGAUCGCUGGAGCAUACAGGUGACCCUGGAGGACAGUCAGGAGAGAGGUGACCCUGUGCCCUACGAAAUCAUCAACAACUACUUCUCCAUUGGAGUGGAUGCCUCCAUUGCUCACCGCUUCCACACCUUGAGAGAGAAACACCCACAGAAGUUUAACAGCAGGUGGGCAUGUUGCACACUAGGACCCCACUAGAGUCCA